GCUGGCGGCAGCACAGAAACGGAGACCAGAAUGAAGCGCUACGCCGUCAACCCUCUAGGACACAAGUGGAUGCACCACAACCUGACCUACAGGAUAAUCCAGUUUCCCUCCACGCUGAACCGGGUCGACACCAGGAAGGCCAUCAGCGUAGCUUUCACCAAGUGGAGCGACGUGUCUCCGCUGAGCUUCAGGGAGGUAACCGACGGCAACGUUGACAUCACCAUCGGUUUCUACACCUUCAACCACUCUGACUGCUGGUUCUCAGCCCUCCAUCCCUGCUUCGACGGUCUGAACGGAGAACUGGCUCACGCCUUCCUGCCCCCCCGGGGGGAAAUCCACUUUGACAACCACGAGUUCUGGAUCCUGGGGAAGUCCCGCUUCAGCUGGAAACAAGGGGUCUGGCUCAACGACCUGGUCCAGGUUGCGGCCCACGAGAUCGGUCACGCUCUGGGACUCUGGCACUCCCGCGACCCGCGGGCCCUGAUGCAUCCCAACGCCACCUUCACGGGCCAGAGGGACCCGGGCCAGGACGACGUGUGGGGGAUCCAGCGGCUGUACGGAUGUCAGGAUAAGAAGAGAGUGUGUGUUUCUUGGUCCAAGCUCGGAUUCUGUCAUCGCAGGAAGAACUUCAUGAGGAAAAACUGCCCUCAACGCUGCGACUUCUGCUACGAGCCCCUGGAGACGGUUGCCACGGCGACGCCCCCUCCCCACCUGAAGGUGAAGAUGGUUCCCAGAGGGAGAGUGGUGGGUUUCCGGUGCGGGACCCGGACCCCGCGGGCCCCGCCCACCGACCCGCGGGCCCCGCCCACCGACCCGCGGGCCCCGCCCACUUCCAGCCGGGCCCCGCCCACCGACCCGCGGGCCCCGCCCACUUCCAGCCGGGCCCCGCCCACCGACCCGCGGGCCCCGCCCACUUCCAGCCGGGCCCCGCCCACCGUCAGCUGGUUCAAGGACGGAGAGCAGAUCCUGAACUCGGUUCCCGGCUACAUCGUGAUGAAGGACCGGGAUCUUCGCAUCGUCGCUAACGAGUUCAACGAGGGCGUUUACACCUGCCGGGUCAGUCGCCACGGCGACGUGGUGUCGGCCAACGCCUGGGACAUCCGGCUGAAACCGGACCCGUCCAACAGCUGAGAGAAACAUCUGGAGGGAGGGACAGAAACAUCUG